GUUCCAUCUCACACCUCGUGGACAUAUCCGUUGCGAACGACCAAGAACUGCGAUCAGUUAUGCAUAAUAUGUUUACGUAUUGAAUUUCAUUCGUUCGUGUCGUUGUGAACCGUAGUGUACGAUAUACUUGUGCGCGUGUUUUCGUUUAAUUUUUUGCUAUAUAUUCUCAUCGAUGAUGACAUUUUACAGGCCAACGUCCGCAUCGAUGCCAUUUUAUGGGGGCGAUUACCGGCCRGAUGACGAGCCGCCACCGGAAGCCGUAUUGGAGGAAAAACGCAUCUUAGAACACCAAUUCCGAAGACCGUCGCCGUCACGGUUGUCAUCAACAGCCUCGUCCAUUCGACCACCGACCGCUACCAGACAAGGUGGCGGCAUCAGUGCCAACAGGUCGCUUCGCGCCAGACCUUCGGGGAGCUCACCCAGGAGGAGUCUACAACGGUCGUCAGCGUUCGGCAACCGGAGAUCUACGACGAUCACGGAUCGUGGACGUACGGCGUCCAUGCCUGCCGUGCCGAUUGUCAGGCCGAGUUUCGGAAAUGUGCCCAGACCAGAUGGUCCCGUGCUGGAAGAGUAUCGCCUGCGGAGCUUUUCGAUCACUGCCAGCGGCGUUUGCAACCUUGGCGACUUCGUGCGGUACGCCUCGCCACCGUCGUCCACGCGACACCAUCAACCGGUCGGAAAGCGRGAGAGUUGUCCCGCUUCCGUAUCCGGUACGCCUUCGCACCAGCAAAACGUGAAUGGUUCCUCCGCCGCCACUGCCGCCACUACUUCGCACACGGUCUGCACGGAAUUCUCCAGAUUCCGAAAACCCAGCCGUUUGGGAGGAUUUCCAGUGAUAGUCAAGGAAGAUAUAUCAUGCAUCAACGAAGACUGUGCUUGUCGGACAAUCAGAGUGAUGAUCAACGGUCAGGAAGCUGAACUAACCAUCAUUGAUAUACCUUACAUAGAAAUGUCGAAGCUCAACGAGAUAUUCACGCAUCAACAGCGAUUUUUCAUCAAGCGAUUAACAACUUGUUAUACUGAAAACCAAUAA